AUGGGUCUAUCAAUCCCCGAUUCGGAAGAGUACCCCCGGAAAUCCCGAUUCCGAGAAUUCCUCGACGAAGACAUAUGCGAAGACCUCCUUCUCGAAAGCGAGCUCCUCCUCCUCUCCUUCUCAACAGGUAUCCAAGACGCCGCCGCCUGGCCCGAUUACAUGUGCUUUGCCUCCAACCAAACAGGCAACACCCUUUUCCUCGCCAUCGGAAUAGCAGGCCUAACGCACGACGCCUACAGCUUCCCAAAUAUCGGAGUUAGCCUGGCAAAUUUCGUAGCCGGCGGCUUGGUGAUGGGACAACUGGGCAACUAUUUUGGCGUGCGACGACGGAGCUGGCUAUUAAUGAGCAAUUUCAUCCAGACAGCACUGGUAUUCCUCGCGUUGAUAUUCAUGUACAUCUGGCCGAUCCAGCGCGAUGGGCCGGCGUCUUGGGCGGUUAUCGCUUGUCUUGCAUUUUCGUCCGGAGCACAAGUUGCGAUGAGUCGGUCGUUGAAAAUUACAGAGAUCACGACUGCGAUGGCGACGGCUGCAUUCAUUGAUUUGGUUAUUGAUCCCAGUCUAGUGAAAGUGAAGAACCGACUUCGGAAUCGCAGAUUCAUGUUCCUCGUUAUGCUGACGGCGGGUUGUUUUGUCGGUGCGUUUGCGCAGAGGGAGGUAAAUUCGACGUUUCCGAUUUUGCUGUGUGCGAUUGGGAAGACGAUGGUUAGUGUUGCUUUCUUGUUUAAUAGGGCUAUUGCCAGGCCGGCAGAAGACGUGAAGGUGUGA